AGAUGCUGCAGAUCCAUACAAGGUCAUACUCUGUUUCAGAUAUAAGGAGACCGAUUUGUACCUCACUUGGAUCGAAUUCACCGUUCUGUCCACCAGAAGCUAUGAAUACUGUUAACUGUUCCCUAUACGGCUGGAAUGUUACAUCUUCAUUGGAUUUUUCCGGUGUAAAGCUUUCGGUUAUUGAAGUGUCAAAUAAAGAGGUAGAUAUUAUCCAUGAUGAUAUCACGGGAGUAGAAAGGGGACCCAUCAAUAUCAUAUUAAGUGGUCAGUGCUGUUACGAAAAAGUAGUCUUGAGUGCAACUGACGAAAAUGGAUUUCCUGCAAGAUGUGUUUACGUGUUGUCCAAUGAACCAAUGAAAGAUAUGCAAGACUUUGUUACAGGGCAAAAUACACCUAGUGAGGGUAUGGUGUCUAUGAGAAUAGAACAGGGUAUGGUGUCUAUGAGAAUAGCAGAGACUUUUGAUUUGGCUGUUGAUUUUUAUAUUUUUGAAUAA